AUCGGCCCAGGGCCAGAUCCCUCUCGGCGGCGGCGGCGGCGGCGGAAUGGCGAAGGUCAGCGAGUCCGCGGCGGAGUCUGCGUCCACCGCAGCCUCUCCACUUCCUCCCGCCUCGGCGCCGCCUUCGAGGCCGAAGGCGAAGCACCGGCAGGAGAUCGAGGGGUACCCCGUGGAGGGCGUCUCCAUCGGCGGCCAAGAGACCUGCGUCAUCUUCCCCACGCUGAGCCUAGCCUUCGACAUCGGCCGGUGCCCGCAGCGCGCCGUCUCGCAGGAGUUCCUCUUCAUCUCCCACGGGCACCUCGACCACAUCGGGGGGCUCCCCAUGUACGUGGCCACGCGGGGGCUCUUCAGGCUGCGCCCGCCCACCAUCUUCGUCCCGGCGUGCCUCCGGGACCUCGUGGAGCGGCUCUUCGAGGUGCACCGCGCUAUAGACCAGUCCGAGCUCAAGCACAACCUGGUCCCCCUCGAGGUCGGGGAGGAGUACGAGUUCAGGAGGGACCUCAAGGUCAGGGCUUUCAGGACCUGCCACGUCAUACCCAGCCAGGGGUAUGUGAUAUACUCGGUGAAGCAGAAGCUCAAGCAGGAUUUCAUUGGCCUCCCGGGGAGCGAGAUCAAGCGGCUCAAGUUAUCAGGUGUGGAGGUCACGAAUACGGUGUCCACCCCUGAAAUUGCUUUCACGGGAGAUACAACGUCAGAUUUUAUUCUUGAUCCAGAUAAUGCAGACGUGUUGGCAGCAAAAAUUCUUGUUGUGGAGAGUACUUUUCUAGAUGACUCCAUUCCGGUUGAGCAUGCAAGAGAAUAUGGGCACACACACUUAUUUGAGAUAGCGAGCCAGUCUGACAAGCUUGGAAACAAAGCUAUUCUACUCAUUCACUUUUCUGCUCGUUAUACUACAGAGGAAAUUGAUGCAGCAAUAAUCAGAUUACCAGAGUCUUUCCGAAACAGAAUUUAUGCAUUGAAGGAAGGCUUCUAAAGAAACAUGAACUGACAAAUCCGCAAUGAAAUUUUCUGGAUGGGAUCAGCAAUGAAGUUUUCCAAAUUGGAUUGCAUGGGUAUCUUCACCAGAAAUUUUUUUGCUAUGUGUACUCUGAUGCUGCUGCAGCAAUCAUCUGAAGAUUUGUGAGGAAUCUUCUGUUUUCAGUAGUCAAUGCUUGUUUCACUCACAUGAUGUUGGAACAAUGGAAUAGUGAAAUGUGGAACAACCAUGUUAGCAGCAUUUACUUUAUUUCUUUUUUCUUCAGAAUCAGUUUGCUUCUUUCUGAACAUAACAAUUUAUAUUACAUGAAUACUAUGUGAAUUUCGACA